CCAUAUUUGAUAUGAUCAAGGAAUGGCGCCCGUACGAGCAGCCUGUGACAACUGAAACCAGCAUGUCGCCAUAUUUUCUGAUGGCACCUUCCGAGUCCCUUAACCCGGGUCUCUAUGUCCAGGCUGCCAUGGAGUGAAUAAACACCAAAGGAUUCUACUUGUCCCCAUCAAAAUCCCAGAAGCCCUAGCAGUCAGUCCCCGCUUCUUCCAGGUCCCCCGGCUGCUUUCGGACGUCAAGGCUGGGCGGAGCCCCGGCGGGGCCAGGCCUCCCUGUGGACCACGACAGCCGAAGCCGGAAUCGGGAAGACUGUGGCCGCGGGGAAGAGGCGGCCCCAUGGCGCCGCCCCCGGCCCCGCUCCUGGCGCAGAGACCGGGAGAGACCGGGCCUGGAUGCAAGAAGCCGGGGGCCGUGAGCUUCGCGGACGUGGCCGUUUACUUCUCGCCGGAGGAGUGGGGGUGUCUGCAGCCCGCACAGAGGGCCCUGUACCGGGACGUGAUGCGGGAGACCUACGGCCACCUGGGCGCGCUCGGAUUCCCGGGCCCCAAACCAGCCCUCAUCUCUUGGAUGGAACAGGAGAGUGUGGCUUGGAGCUCCGACGCCCAGGAUCCUGAGGAGGGGGAAAGCCUGGGAGGAGCUCUGAGAGGAGAUGCCCAAAACAAGAAGAAAGAGGAGCCCCAGGAAGGGCUGGGAGCCAAGGAACCCAGAAAGACCCCUUGGAAUGAGCUGCCUGAAGAGCUAGUUAAACACAAGCCCGACUCGACUCCCAGCAAGGCCGCGGCGAAAGCACAACCACCAGCGAAGGCUGCCUGGGACCAGACCACUGGCGCGCAGCCCCGGGCCCCGGCACCCAGCGGGGACGCUCAGGCUGGGCAGCGGCGCCACGUGUGUGCGGACUGCGGCCGCCGCUUCACCUACCCCUCGCUGCUGGUCAGCCACCGGCGCAUGCAUUCGGGGGAGCGGCCCUUCCCCUGCCCCGAGUGCGGCAUGCGCUUCAAGAGGAAGUUCGCCGUGGAAGCCCACCAGUGGAUCCACCGCUCCUGCUCUGGUGGGCGGCGGGGCCGGAGGCCUGGGAUCCGGGCCGUGCCUCGGGCCCCGGCCCGGGGUGACCGCGACCCGCCGGUGCUCUUCCGACACUACCCAGACAUCUUUGAGGAGUGUGGGUGAGCAGAACCUGCAGGCACUUGAGGGUUGACCUUGGCGCCCAAGGUAGGCUCCUGAGUCAGGGAUUUGGGAACCAAAAUUCAUCCCUUGGGCUCCUCUCAAGGAUUCCUCAAAUUUCCAAACUUGUGAAAAGUGCCUGAAAAGAUUCAAAUAGAUUAAAUUUGAUGCCCCCUCCACAAUCAUUCAUGAAAAAAUGAAGAGGGUCAGAGGCUUGAUUUUUUAGUAGGUGCCAAUGGGGACCUUUCCAGUUUCUCUGGAGAUACUGACUGCCUCCUUAUUUAUGUCAUAGGCCAAGGCUGAGGGGCCUAAGGCCUGAGAAGUGGGGCCAACAUGGAAGGCGUGGCCAAACCCUGGUUAAUUUUCACUAACUGGGACCCUGGGGAAGUGGGUGCAGGGCAUGCAGAGGCACCCAGCACAAACUCGUCUCUGCAACCUGCCCCAAGUCGCAGCUGGUAAGUCAUAUCCCCUCCAGGAGUCUCAGUUUCCUCAUCUGUAAAAUGAGGAUCAAUAAUAUCUACCUCAAAGGCUUACUGUGAAGGCUAAAAUUUUAACAGAAUAGUAUGUAUGACACAGGAAAUGUGCAAUAAACAUUUGUUGAAAAGUGAA